UAGCGAGCGCCAUUGCGGUGAGCAAGUGAAGCGAAGUACGACAAGUUGUCAACUUACAACAACACAACAUAGCAGCAUACGACGCUUGUAUUUACGUCGCUAGAACAUGGUGCCGUCAGAAUGAGCGACAACCACCGCCUGGACGGGGAAGAACCAUUCGGGGAGGUGAACCAUGUGUCCUGGUUGGCAGAACACAUUGGACAGCUGUAUCUGGAGCCAGACUACAGUGACAUCACCCUGGUGGUGGAGAACGUUAGACUUCCCGCCCACAAGGUGAUACUGGCAUCGUGCAGCGACUACUUCCGCGCCCUCCUCUUCGGGGGCAUGCGAGAGUCCAAGCAGAAGGAAGUGGAACUGCUGGACGCUCCCCUGCGGGCCUUCCAGCUCCUGCUCAAGUACAUCUAUACGGGACAACUCAAUUUGUCGGGGCUCAAGGAAGAUGCGGUGCUGGAAGUGCUGGAACUGGCUCACCAGUACGGUUUCGUGGAACUGGAGAGCGGCGUGUCUUCUUACCUGGAGCGCAUCCUCGGAGUGCGCAACGUGUGCCGCAUCUACGACCGCGCCUCCCUCUACCAGCUGAAGGCCCUGGCCGCCGUCUGCAGGGCCUUCGUCGACAGGCACGCCCUCAACAUCCUCCACACGGACACCUUCUAUUCGCUCUCUCCGGCGGCGCUCAAGGAGAUGAUUGGACGGGACUCCUUCUGCGCCCCCGAGGUGGACAUAUUCCGCGCGGUGUGUGAGUGGGUCUACCACAACCCCGGUGUGGACCCAGCUCCCAUCCUCCAGCAGGUGCGUCUCUCUCUGAUGAGCCUCCCAGAUCUACUGAAUGUGGUGCGACCCACGGGGCUAGUCUGCCCCAACACCAUCCUGGACGCAAUCAAGGCUCGCACGGAAAGCCGAGACGCCGACCUACGGUACAGGGGAUGCCUGUUGCUAGAAGAGAACGUGGCAACGGGGACCCACAAGGCGCAAGUCCUGCAGGGGGAGAUGCGCAGUGCCCUGCUGGACGGAGAGUCUCAAGGAUACGACAUGGAACGGGGGUUCACGAGGCAUCCCAUUGACGAAGGACAGUGCAUCCUGGUGCAGUUGGGCAUGCCCUACAUUCUCAACCAUAUGCGCCUCCUGCUCUGGGACAAGGACAACCGAUCGUACUCCUACUACAUUGAGGUGUCCGUCGACCAGAAGGAUUGGGUCCGGGUCGUAGACCACUCCGACUACCUGUGCCGUUCCUGGCAGCGGCUCUACUUCGAACAGAGGGUCGUUCGUUACAUACGCAUUGUUGGCACUCACAACACGGUGAACCGCGUGUUCCAUGCGGUGUCCCUGGAGUGCACGUACACGGAGCGACAGUUUGUGCUUGAGCGCGGCCUGAUGAGGCCCCAGGAGAACGUGGCCACAGUAGCCCUCUCCGCCUACGUCAUGGAAGGAGUGAGCCGCAGCCGCAAUGCCCUCAUCAACGGGGACACUAGCAACUACGACUGGGACUCUGGCUACACCUGCCACCAGCUGGGGUCUGGAGCGAUCGUCGUGCAGCUCGCACAGCCCUACCUGGUGGAUUCCAUGCGGCUGCUCUUGUGGGACUGUGACUCCCGUUCAUACAGCUACUAUGUCGAGGUUUCGGUGAACCAGAAGACCUGGACCAUGGUUGCCGACAAAAGAGAUGAGCUUUGUAGGUCGUGGCAGCUGCUUCUGUUCCCCCUCCAGCCCGUGGUGUUUGUCCGUAUAGUGGGCACGCAUAACUCAGCCAAUGAGGUGUUUCACUGCGUGCACUUCGAAUGUCCAGCGCAGCACGCCGCCACAACCGUCAAGGAAAGCAAGGAGGAAGAUGCUGCUGCAACGGAAGACAAGACCAAGUCCUGUUCGAAAGUGUAAAUUCUUCCCGACAGGAAGAACCGUCUACUCGACAGAUAAUUAUUUUGAGCGUCUGUGCCGUUCGCCUCAACCAAAAAGCGACCGUGUUAUACAGUGAAAGUAAAAAGCCGUAAUACGGGAGGGGUGCUGCCCAACCUUUGGCCAGUCCCGGUUGGCGAGUUAACGCGCGUAUCUUUAUUAAGCUGCGAAAUUGUACAGGGUGUCACUGCUUUUCCCCCCUGUACUUAAUAUUCGAGGGAAUGUAAAUACUGUGGAAAGACACACAGGGAAUGUCGUACGGCACGUGCCUACGAAAAAAGCGUGGGGCAGCACCCCGUUAUGUUUGAGAUA